AUGGGCAGGGCGCAGCGGACCCUGACGGACCGUGAAGCCGGCGACGAAGGCUGCGAGUGCGCAGUGCCAGGGAGGGUGGGGCGCAAGAGGCGACGGUCCCCCGCCACGCACUGCAGCUCGCCGUUGGCGGAAACGACAACAGUGACAACAACAGCGACGGCUGAAGCGAAGAGCAGUAACGAAGCCCGCGGGCUUCUCGGGCUAAGGGUGAUGGACGACAAGGGGGAUACACCCGCGGUGCUGUGCCGCUCCGUUCUGAGCGGCGCAGCUGUGGAGGACACGUACGGAUGCCACUAUCAUGUGUACCCAUCGGAGUCCCCGCGUGAUGCACAUGGAACGGCAUUGUGCUGGUCAUUAAGGCGCUCGUCGCUGAACGUACAUGCAUUGAUGUGCCUGGGGCGCGUGGCGAAUAGCUGCCGCAAGAGUAUGGUGCUUUUUGACGAAAAAGGUGGCAUUUCCCUGUCGUACACGACGACUUUGUGA